AUGACGCUCCCCGACGAGGACGAAAACAUUCUCUUCUCGGAGGUUGCAGAUUUUUCCCUUUUCUCCCUUCCAGGAAGACGAAGCGCCGCCAAUCGCAGCGACGCAGCGGCGCCCCCGAGCAUCUCAGACCUCCUCGGCGUCAAAGAUGUGCACGACGACGAGGAGGUCGGCUCUGCAAUCUGGGAAGCCUACGACCGCCUCUUCUCGAAAGUCUCCAACGCAGUCUGUUCCUCCUCUGGCUCAUCUGUCUCCUCUUCUUCCUCAUCUUGCUCUUCUGCCUCUUGCGUCGCGUCGCCUGGGGGCUCGCCCGUUCGCGCUGCGUUUGUGCACAUCUUUUGCUCUCGUGAGAAUGUCUGCGACGGCUUCCGCGUUCUGUACUCCUUCGCCUUCGAGGCAGAGACCGGGGAGAGAAGUCACGAGGCGUCGCAGGUGGUCGCGGCCCUCGCUCUUUGCCUUCUUCGCUGCCCGGCAUGCGUCGUGGCCUAUGUGUGUGGGUGUCGCCAGUUCCUCCUUGCGCUCGGGAGAAGCCGGGGAGGGAGCCAAGAGGAGGCGCGGCUGAACAGCCAGGCGACGGCCGCGAGCGCAGACGACCUGACAGACGUCGAAGACUCUGAGGAGGCGAGGAGUUUCUGCGCGAGGCUCCAGCAGAAACUUCUGGCUUGGGACCUGCUGCGUCUCCUGCCGGUCCUCGCCGCUGAUCGCGACUGCAGAGACGAGGAGAACCGACAGGAGGACGCGGCAGAACAGACGAGUGUGGAGGCAGGGACGAGAGCCAGUAGACGUGAGACUCCACCAGACAUCCACGCACGAGCUGCAGCCCCUGCGACGACCGACGGAGGGGAGAACAGGGAAAUACACAUGGAGAUUCCGCUGCCGAGGCAGAUGGCGACAGACACCCGAGACGUCACCCGUUUCAGCCUCUGGACAACCAGUGAAGAGACAGAAGAAGAGAAAGGACCGUUUCUCGACGAGGAGGAAAGACUCGCUGUCUGCCGCCAUACGCCUUCUCUCUCUGCUGGCAUCCCGUCGACAGAGGAUGCAUGCCGACAGGAAUUCCGCACAACACACCUGCAGGGGCUGCUGGAACGCCUUUCUCAGAAACGGUUUUUUUCCAACUCUUCGGAUCCCGGGCGACUUGUCUCUGCUACCUGUUAUCCUCCUGUGCCUUCAACACCCUCACCCGCCGCGUCAAGCUCUCCUCGUUCGUCUUGUCUUUCUGCACCUCUCGCCUCCACGUCUCCCCUUGCCUCUUCUUCGUGUUCCUCUUCUGAGUCGUCUUCGUCCACUUCUUCCUCUUACUUCGCAUCUUCUUCGUCUUGUUUUUCUCUUCGUUACUCGACUGUCUGUGCACUCUUGGAAGUGCUCCUGGACAGCGCUCGACUGUUGUACGUGGAUUUCCCCUUGUCUCUCGAUUCGCUCCAGGAAGAUUUGAGGGACUUCGGUUCUUCGCUUCCGGCUCUGCUUCUACCUCUUCUGCGCCAAAGGGCUCUCUGUCUGUCCCCUGCAGAAGGACGUGAGACUGGAGCUUGUGCAUUUGGAGCAGACGCGUCUUCUUUUUCUUCUCCUCCUCCUCCCUCUUCUCCUUCUGCUUCUCUUCCCUCUUCUGCGUCUGCUUCGCCUGGAAUUCGGGAGGGGGAGGAAGGAACUCUGGAAGGGGAGAACUCGUGGAAAGAACGGGCAUGGAGAGGAAACGAUGGAGAGACAAACUCGAAGGGAGACAGAAGGAACAAAGGCAACGCAGAGACGCGACGACAACAGAGUGAAAGAAUGUGGCUGCGACUGAGCAGCGCGGACUUAUGGUCGCUGUGUGGGAUGACACCCGAGAUACGCGAGCGGCUGUCCGUCCACCGGAGAACUUUGCGGAGCCUUGUCACGAGUCAUCCUUCUCUUCUCGCCGUUGCUUGGUCGUCCCCGGAGGAGCUCUCGUCUACUCGGUUCAACGAGCUUUGGCAGGCGUCUCUUUCAGCUUCGGGACUCGCGUCCUCGGCCGCUCUGCCGCCGUCGACUCUGCUUCUGCCUCUCCUCCCUUCUCCCAUCUUCUGCAUCGGGAUUCUUUUGCAUGCGCUCCUGCUGCAUCCCUUCGAAGUUGCUCCUCUUCUUCUCUCUUUCCAAACCCACGCACUCCCUGCCCUCCGCCUCGCUGCUUGCGCCGCUCUCCACAUAGCAGCUGUCCAAAAGCCUGGUCUUCUUCUACAGCCUUCUUCUCCGUCUUCCUCUUCCUCUUCUUCGUCUUCCUCUUCGUCUUCGUCUUCCUCUUCCUCUUCUUCCUCUUCUCUGUCUUCCUCUCCAUCUCCAUUCGCUUCCGGAGAGCGUUCGGGUCUAGUUGGCGCGUCCGAUGACGAAGUCCUGUGUUUGGGAGAAGAGCGAGGGGGGACCUGUUGGGCGGAGGCGAGUGCAGCUUCAGCCCCCGAAAGCGGCGACAGAGUGCUGGAACUGUCGCCGGUGGCUACGCCGAUGUCUGCUCUCCUCAGCGUGACGCAAGUGUGGUGCACGCUUCUGCAUAUUCUCUCCCUGCGGGCGACUCAAUGGAUGGAGGACUUGGACGUUUGCUACCAGCAAAGCCGGAGUGACGGGGAGAAGACAGAGCGCGAGAGGGAGGUCGAAGAGAACGUCUCCAGCUCUCUGCACCAGCUUGUUCUCAUUCUCCGUGCAUUCCACUCUCUCUUUGUCGUCGUUCUCUCCUCUCCUGCAGCCCUUUCCGAGCCUGCCAGCAAAGUGGGGGAGGAACUCGUCCAGUUCGCGACGCACGGUCUACCACGGUAUUCUCCUCGGGUGUCUCCCCAUCCCUCUUGCUCAUCCUCGGUGCCGUGGACUCCUAACAAUUCUUCGUUCUCCUCCUCGUUUCCUCCCCUGGACUCUGCACGCGACUGCGAGCCGUCUUCUUCUUCUCUCGUGUGUCGAGGGAAAGCAGCGAAGCGUCUAGGAUGGGAGCGUCGCCGGCGCGAACAUCUGGGUCGCGCCGAGCUCGGCAGAGAAAAGGACGUCUCUCAGUUCCCUGCCCUUGGAUCCGUGGCGGCUGCGAUCGAGGAGGAACUGAGUGCCUGCGCGUCUCACGAGAAGAAGCGGGCGGUCCUCCGCGCCGCGGAGAAAAACGAGCGCGGGUGUCUAGACAGCGCCGCGUCUCCGGUUUCUUGCUCAGCCGCGAGAGACACCAGUCUGGCCCGGUUUCUGGCUCUUCGUGACCAAGAAGAACGCGCUGCUCUACAGAGAGAGGGCCUCUUCUUGCUGCUGCCGUUCCCGCCAGAUGGUGAGACGCAAGAGAAGAAGCGAGCAGAAAAAGGCGAAGGGUUUUCUCGCGUCGUCCUGCUUCUCGACGGACAGUCGGCAACGCUCGCUCUUGGGGGCCUUCCAAGAAUUCUUGAAAAGCUUGCGACGGGGCUCCUCGACUUGUGGUGUCUCCUCCAGCGUCGCCCCUCUCUGUCAGAACGUCGGGUGUCGCGAGUCCGCGCUGACCUUCGCGGUUCCCAGGGAGAAGAAGCCAGCUCUGGAGAGGAAGAAAUUGCUUUCAAAGCAGAAGAUGCUGUCCCUAGAGGAGUAACUCCAGCUGAAAAAGAAAGUGCCGCUCCAGGAAAAGAAGCUGUCGCUAAAGGAGAAGGAAGAGAUGGAGAUGAACCUUUUUCCAGAGGGGACAGCGACAUCGGAACCCAGAGAGAGGCGAGUGCGGCAGACGCGUGGCUGUUGCCUCGAGAGGCGUCAGUGGUUCUCAGUUUCAACUUGUGUUGCGCGGACGUGCAUGACAUGGAACUCCUCGUCCUGAAAGCGUUGCUUUUUGCGCUUUCCCUGCUGAGGAAAUGCGUUCUCUGUUUUCACGGACCUUCUCGCCUCUCCUCGCGGCUCUUCUCCCACCCACAGGCUCCGCUCGCGAGUCGGAAACCACCCACAGAGCGGCUGGCCCUGGUGUUACAUGCAGUGGCUAGCCAAGCCCAGAGACGCCGAGUCUCUCUCGCCCGCGCUCGCUCGCUCGCAGAGACUCGAGAGACACGUCGGCAGUCGAGGCUCUCUGAAACCCAAGACCGGAAGACACUCGCCCCGCAAACCUUUGCACGGCAACGGCCGGCGACAGACGUUCGAGGCGAGUUCUCGUCUGCAGACGCAGAGGCGUCCGGGCGCCGUGGAGAUGUGAAGACAGAGAGAAAAGAAGAAGGGGAGGGAGCAGAACGGUCAAAGGAAGGAGCAGAGAAUGAAAGAGAAAUGGUUUUGAAAGGGAUGAUGUGGGCGUGCGAUCUGCUGGAGCGCAUGAGUAGGAGUAUCGCCAAAUCCCUACCGAGACUCGAGGAAAGAGACGAGAAAACGGGAGAUCCGAAAGGGCCAGACAGCCGAAAAGAAGAGCAACUCGAGGAGAACGGUCGAGCCCGGAGCGAGGAGACGACAGAGGUUGAAAGUUGGCGUGAAGAGGACGUAGUCGCGCGUCUGAUGGAUGAAAUUCUCGGCGGACCUCCUGUUGAUCUCGAAGGUCAAAGCCAUCUGGAAGCGUCGAGUUGUUCUUCUUCAUCUUUCCGGGGCGAUGCUCCGCUUCUCGCUUCACCUCCAGCUGCGGCGACUUCCAGAGGGCGCGCUCCCUCAGAUGUGUCUGCGCCGCAUAUGGCCAGGCCGCGGCGCUCGGCCCGCGCUGAGUUCGAAGCAGACGAGGGUGGCGAGAGUUCCUCUUUCGCUCGUCCCACUGAGGAGCCUGAAGUCGUUCUCGUCUCGGAUUCGGAUGAAGAGCCGCAGAGCCUCCUCUCGCCUUCGACCUCCGUGCCGAGUCCGCGCAAGCACUCCGCAUUUGUGAGAGACGUUUUUCUGUCGAAGCCUGAAGAGCUCGCCAUGCGCGGAAGCGAAAGCGAGAGAGAAGGAGGAAGCGUGGACGGGUUCGACGGGGGCCUCCGAGGAGACACAGAAGCUCGCCGAAGAGAUAGAACGGACACUGCAUGCGCUUGGAGUCCCUCAGGUUCCGAUAAAGAUCCGCAGGGCGGCAGUCUGGAGCGACAGAGAAUGCGCGACAGAUCACACGAAAAAACUGGCUCGGAUUCCUUUUCCCUGCGGAACUACGGAGACCGUCGACCGCCCGACGUGGAGCUGAUUUUGAGCGACGAUGAAGAUGGAGAAGAAGAAAGAAAAGAAGAAGGAGAAAAGAGGAGACAGCCGCGUUUGCAGGACUGUAGAGGGAGAACGCAUGGCCAAAGAUGGAGAGAGGACGAGCAAGAGAGCGAACGACAAGCUGGUUUCGAGUGGACAUGCUUAGAGAGCGAGGAAAGCGGAGGAGAGGCGCAGCUCAGGGAAGCCGGAGUCAAGAGGCAGAACCAAAGAGAGAGACCGCGUCCUCCACAUGCUCAGACGAAGCGACAACGGACGUCGGAGAAUUCGUCGGAAAUUCUAGCCUUUUCUGGCUCUUCUCCGAGUCGCCGGUCUUCUCUCGCCUCUACUUCUUCCUCCAGAUCCAGCUCGAAGUCUUCACCGUGCCGAGAAAUUCUCAGCAUAGGCCAGUCGUCUUCCACCUGCUCCUCCGGUGUCUCUGCUCAUCCUUCCCCUUCUUCUUCUCCGUGUCUCUCCCCUUCUGCCGCUUCAUCUCGCUCUUCCUCGUCUUCGUCUUCUUCACGGUUCCGUGCUCCUUCUUCUUCCUCUUCUUCUUCGGCUUCCUCUUUUUCUCCCUCUCCUUCCUCUCUCUCGGUUUUCUCUCCUCCUUGUUCUUCUGUGUCUCGGGCUCCUGGGAGCGCCGACCUUUCGGCUUUGUGGGCAGACGCAGAGGCCGCGCAAGGCCUGCAGCUGACGGUGUGCGCGGCGCGCGACGCUGUGGAGCAGAUGCAGUGUCGCCAGGAGGCAGGCGUACAGGCGAAGCAAGCGCGGAGGGGAGGGAGCCGUCCUCGACGAAGCGAAGUCUCUCUCCGCUCGGUUUUCACCGUUCCAGAGUCACCCGUUGACUGGCGCGCGGAAACUGGUCCACCAGCGGUUGCUGGAGCUGAAGGUGACGCAGUGAGGGAAGGCAAGAGAGACAAGAUUUCUUCCAAGUUUGAACGCGACACAGACGCCUCAAAUGCCAAGGAAAGGUCUGCCGCGUCCCUGGAUCCGACUCUCCGUUCCUCACCUCUACAGAGAACUCCAGGCCUUCCGCUACAGACCUCAAGACACCCCGAUACCUCCCGCUCUUCUCCGAGUCUCCUGCAAAACAUGCCUGCUCGUCGCCACUCUCCUCCUUCUUCCGCUUCGUCUCCUCUUGUUCCUUCUCCUCUGUGUGUUGCGUCUUCUUUUCGACCUGCUUCGGUGGUUGCGGCUGCGCAUGCACAGGUGACAGAGACCCGUCGGCGCGCUCAGCGGCUCCUCCAGGCUCGACUGGACGGGGGGUUCGCUCUGCGGGGAGGAUCCUUGAGAGGCGCGAGUCUCGCGGGAUUGCUUUCUUCCCGUUGGGAGAAGAGCGUGCAUGCGAGGUCGAGCGCCGCUUCCUUGUCUGCCUUGAAUCAGAAGUCAAAGCUACGAGCAGUCGCAGAGAAAAUCGGGUUCCAAGGCCCCGUGGUGCGUCGGCCGCGGCCCGAAGGUCGGAGAGGAGGCGUGGAGACGACGAGCAACGUCGAGGGAGAAAGGAGGGCAGAGGCGAUGCGAGGAGAAGAAAAGGCGACUGCGGAGUCACGGAGAGCGGAACAAAUUCGACGCAUGCGGAGAGAACUCGAGAAAAAGCCUUUGAGAGACAAAGAUGCCGGACCUCCAGAAGCGACAAAGAGACAUGUGCUCCUCGCCCCCAGUGCCAGUGGCGGGCCGCACAGGCAAAGGAGCAAGAGACCUGCGUGGAUGUCUGUAGAAGAAUGGGAGAAGGAGAAACUGCGAGCGUGGACUGAACAAGAAGUUUGUGACGCGCGACAGAGGAAAGAACAGCGAGAGAAGAAUGAAGAGCGGGAGCAGAAGGAACAGAAACAACGCAUGCGGCAGCAACAAACCGAGCAACGAGAAAGACAGAAAGAGCAGGAAGAGACAAAACGGAAGAUGGCCCUCGAACGAGCACGAAUCGUUGUCGAGGCAGAGGCGGGCGUUGACCAGUUUCUCUGGAGACUUUUGCAUGUCGAUAUCCAUGGCUUAGCGAGAGGCGACGAAGGCCCGUGGCAAGAGAAUGAAGAGGAAAUUCACUCGCUUUCUCCACAUUCUUUAUCUCCCGCUUCCCUCCCAUCAUCAUCUUCCUUUUCUUCUUCUUCCUCUUCCUCCUCUUCUUCCUCUUCCUCUUCCUCCUCUUCCUCUUCUUCCUCAUCCUCUUCCUCCUCGUCUUCCUCCUCUUCCUCUUCCUCCUCUUCUUCCUCUUCCUCUUCUUCCUCUUCCUCUUCUUCCACCUCCUCUUCUUCCACCUCUUCUUCCUCCUCUUCUUCUUCCUCCUCGUCUUCCUCUUCUUCUUCCUCUUCUUCCUCUUCCGCUUCCUUUUCGCCUUCUCCUGCCGGUGGGGGAGAGCAGAGACGACGAGGAGCAGAAGACACUGCAAGUGACGCGAGCGUCUCUUGUCCUGAAACGUCGCGCAUGCAGAAGCUGUCUGCGUCUCUGUCGCGGCGAGGGGAGAGGAAACGCUCGUCAAUCAGGGGAAAGUACUCUCUGGAAAUCCUAGCUGCAAGAGUCCAUGCUCAGCGACGGCUUCCGAUUUGCUACCGAAGCCUCGAAGAGUAUAAGAGCCUGUUGGCGCCGCUGCUCUUCCUGGAGUUGAUUUUCCAGCUGAAGCAUGCGUUUCGCGAGCAGAUCCUCGAGCCUCGCCUCUGCGUCUUGGAAGAAGUUCGAAAAGGGAAGCAGUGGACGUGGAGCCGCCUUUCGAUGUCCCGAGUGUACCCCCAGCUCUCUGCGUUCGCCAGAACGUUCGCAAAGAGAAGUUCCUCUUCGUGGAGGCCUCGCGAACCUCCUUCCUCGACUUCCAGCUCUGCUGCAGAGAGCCUUCCGUUCACAGGAAGAGACCGCGGAGACAGAGGGGUCGACCCAGAGCCGUCGAGUCGUACCCCGCCCUGUCUCGUUACUACAGAGCGAGACGCGACAGACCGCUUCUUCCCGCCCUUCAGCAUGCACGAGCUCCUGCUGCUUCUCCCCGUGGGGUCGGCUUAUAGUCGGAUGUUCGACGCCGGGAGGCGCGGACGGGGAGAAGGCGAGGGCGGAGAAGAGCAGACAACGCUCGAACUUGCGGAGCAAAUCAUGAGACGCUUCGCCGGCAGAAGUUUCGCUGAGGUGGCCCGAGAGCCGAUUCAGUCUUUGUUUCUUUUAGGCUUGGUGGAAAGGGUCGACGACAGCGUCUCCAGUGUUUCGGACUUUACUGCAAGAGGCAAGGGGUCUGAGACAGGCGACACUGCAGAUCGAAGUGCCGUAGAGAAGAGUGGAGGCGGACAGUUUAUUCUACGUCUUCCUCACCUCGUCUCUGGGGACCUGUCGCAGCCCAGUGCGCUGUCUAGACACCAGAUGCACCGCAUGCCUCUCGAGCAAGUCGCCGUGAACACUUCCUGGAUAGCUGUCUCUCUGACGCAGCUGACGACCGCGGUGAGGGAAAUCCAGACGGUUUUUCUGAGUCAGUUGUCUCCACACUUCCCCUUUCUCUUGAACCCGCUGUCUCUCCACUUGUCUCCCUCUGACCCCACCCUUUCUGCUUCAUCCUCCUCGUCCUCUCCCCUACCUCCUUCUCUUCCUUCUUCUGCUUCUCUUGCUUCGAGAAGGUCGGCGCGAGAGGCUGCGCUCGCUGGGGCUUGGUUCAAGCAGGCGGUGGACAGAGAACUGAGUAGAGGCGUGUUGAAUGCUUCGCAGGCGGAGGCGAUCCGUGAUGUGUUGACGACGGAGACGAAGCUGGGUCUGAUUCAAGGACCUCCGGGAACGGGGAAGACGCAGGCGAUUUGCUCGCUGCUCGCGAUCCUUUACAGCCGACUCCGCGACCAGCAGCGCCUUCGAGAUAAGGAACAAAGUGUCGAGUCCGUUGUGCCUCGUUUCCUGGAUUCGCCUAGUGCUUCGCUUGCCUCGCGGAGGCAACACGAGGCAGGGCGAUCGUUUGCAGACCAGCCGACGCCCGCAUGCAGCGGGUUGAAAAAGAAAAUUCUCGUUUGCGCUCCCUCGAAUGCCGCCGUCGACGAGCUCGCUGAGAGACUGAUGACGCGCGGACUGGCACACCCCAUGACAGGCGAGGUAUUCAGACCCGCGUGUCUCCGGAUCGGGAAUUUAGAUCGCGUUCGCGAGUCGGUUUUGCCCAUCACUCUGGACGCCCAGGUGAAACGUCUGCGCGGGAGGUACGAAUGUCAGAUGGAAGCCGCGUUCCAGGUGUCGCUGCAGGAGUUGCGCGAGAAGAAGAAGUCUCUCGUUCAGCAGCAUCAGUGCGUCCGCGUUCUUCUCUCUCGCGGCCCUGCUCUGGACGGGGCUCGACUGAACUCGCCCGACGGCGUCGACGAUCUGGUGGCCGCGAUGCUCUCCUCCACCUCGUCUUUUGCCGCGUCUUUUUCAGGCGAAGAAGGCAAGAAGACCCUCCGCGAGUUGCUCCCCGCUCUUGCGUGUCUUAGCCGCUUCGACCUGAAGGAUCUGAGAGCGACGCUCGACGCGCAACUCGAGGAUGUGAAUUCGCGUCUUUCCUGUCUCUUCGAAGCCCGAAGACAAGAUCGCUUGGCUCUGUCGCCUGCCUGUCGACAUCAAGUCGUUCUCAACUCGGACAUCAUCUUCGCGACGCUCUCGGCUAGCGCCCACGAACUGCUCUGUCCGUACACCCUGGCGACGCAGGCCGCUGCGGGUCUCGCUCACGCGUCUUCGAGGGGGGGCGCAGCCGCUUUGGCGUCUCUUUCGCCUUCACUUCCAGGACUUUCAACCCCUCAGGAGCAGAAAGCGAGCUUUCUGCAGGCGCAAUUUUUCGCCGCGAGACCUGCCUUCUCCUACGCGUAUCUCGUGGUUGACGAAGCGGGACAGGCGAGCGAAUUGUCGUGUCUCAUUCCUCUGCGACUGGCGCCGGAGAGAUGCAUCUUGGUGGGGGAUCCGCAGCAGCUGCCGUCGACAGUCUUCUCCUCGUUAGCCGAGAAACGCGGACUGGGCCGCAGCCUCCUCGAGCGUCUCGCGCUCUGUGCAGCGGAAGACAACAAACGGAGAGAAGGCCGACGCGGGUCCACAGACUCUCGAGAGGGGGAGAAGAAGAACAGGGGAGAAGAGAAGACGAAGACGGGGGUGGAAGAGGGAGAGUUGGAGGAGAAGGGAGAAGAGAGGGAGAAUGCGGAGCGAGAAGGGAGAGGCCAGACGAGGAAGGACGGGGGAUCCAAGUCGAGAGAAGAAGGACUAGAAGGUCCAUUAGGAGAUGAAGAAGAACGGAAGCGCCUCAAGUCAGGGGUCUCCCUUGCCCUGGGAACUACGAACCUAAGUCGCACCAGUCGAAACCUCAAAGUGAAUCUCUUGACAACCCAGUACAGAAUGAGGGAAGAAAUUGCUCGUUUUCCGUCCGAGGCGUUUUACGACGGUCGCUUGGAGACAAGUCCGUCGGUCUUGUUGCGGCCGCGGCUGCCGUGCUUUCGACUCCACUGGCUCUUCGCACCUCUCAAGUUUUUUCGUGUGCCGAGCGUCGAAGAUCGAGGAAAUGCGAGGUCUUCUUCUCUCGCCAACUACGAGGAGGCGCGUUUCGUCAUCGGUCUUCUCCGAAUACUGUAUAUCCACUUUUGUGACGGACCGCACUCAACGUCCUCGUCUGAACGUGAGAAACGUAAUCUUGGCUGCUCCUCAGGGUCUUCCUUGCCUCUUCAUUCUUCCGCUUCUUCUCCAGGUUCUUCGUCGACCUCCACUUCUACCUCUUCUUCAAAGGCUUCUGCUACAUCUUCAUCUAAGUCUUCAUCAUCUUGUGCUGCAUCUGCUUCUCGCUCCUCUGUUUCUUCUUCUCCGGUCAGACAGAAGCUUUGCGAUGUGGGGGUGGUUACGCCCUACCGUCAGCAGGUGUCUCUUCUUCAGCAGUUGAUUGCAGAAGAUCCUGUUUUGAGCUUGGCGCGCGAGCGACCUGAAAUCAACACUGUCGACGCCUUCCAGGGACGAGAAAAAUCGAUUAUCAUCAUCUCUUUCGUCAGAGCGUCCGGAGCUGCAGCUCUUGCUGCUCAAGCCGUCGACUCUCGCGACGCUCGUGGCAGAAGCGAGAAAGGCAGAAGCCAAAGAGAGACAGGAAACGACGCAGGGACAGAGCUAACGAAGCAGAGAGGGAAUGAGAAGGGAUCAGAGAUAGGAAAGCGUAGAGGAGACGAAGCUGGGAAAGAGGCAGAAGAGCGAGGAAGAGGUGUGAUGAAAGCAUCCCUGCCACCAAGAGUUUCAGUGGAAGCGCGAAAUGCCGCUGUCGCGCGUGCUGCGUCCCCCACAUUAUCCGACCCGCAAGAAGGUGGAUUGAGCGACUGUUCUGACCCGGCGUCUUCGCCGCCUUCUGCUUGUGCAACGGCUUUCUCGACUCUCGGAUUUGUGGCCGAUUUUCGACGGCUGAACGUCGCCUUGACGCGAGCGCGAGACGCUCUGUGGAUCGUUGGGGAUGACGAGACGCUCGAGACACAUUCGACGUUUCGGCGUUUCCUCGCCUACGUCCGCAGUCUUCCAGGAGACGCGUAUGUCGAUCUUCUGAAUCCGCCGAAACCGCUGAGACGCCUAAUGGACCGUCGAGGGCGAGAGAGCGCCGCAAAGUGCCGGCGUCUAGACACCCCGCGCGCAUGCGUCGGAGGCAGGGGCGCAGGGAAGCUGUCGAGAGAGGAGGAAGGACUGCUUUUCGAGUUUUUCGGCGCGGUUGAAGAAGACUUCAGAUGCAGCAGAUCCACGGCGGAGAACGACGAUGGGGAGAGACGCCUGCCACGAGGUGGUAGAGAGCACGCGACUGUUCUUCAGGCCUCAAGGGAAAGGGCACAGCUGUCUGCAGAGACAAGAGGAACAAGAGCUGAGGGCGCAGAUCUGCGAAUGGAGGAGCAGCUGCGAGACGAAAAGAAGAGAAAAACCAGUGGUGAUGCCGUGCGGCGGGUCCGACCUCCACACCCCUCAAGAAGGUGAUGCAUUCAAGGAUUUUUCGCCGUGUUUAUCUUGGCAAGUGCAUGCUCGCAAAGACAUGUGAGUAGAAAGGAUCGGAUUCUUGCUGGCCUGGCACCUGUUUAGGAACUGGGUGGAUGCUCUUCACGCCAUCGUGAAAGUCUGGGUGUACCGGAUCCAAUUUUGUGUGUG